AUGCCGUGCUCCAUUCUGCAGGACUCCGCGUACAAUUUGGACCCAGAAACGCCCAACAUGGUGGAUGACUUCACCGCUGCCAUGCUCGAGAGAGAAGGGAAGGAGUUGAGCGACCUCGAGACGGAGAUUGUGGAAGCCCCGUUUGUUCAGGUUCCGUUGAACGUGAUGGAGGACCGCCUCUUGGGCUCUGUGGACGUGGAGGAAUCGGUGAAACAGGGAAAGACGGUGUUUCUGCCAGGAUUGUUAGCGAACGCCCACCGGGGCAUCCUGUACGUCGACGACAUCAACCUGCUGGACACUGAGCUGUGCCAGAUCCUACUGGGGAUUGUGGCUGAUGGAUGGGUUAACGUGGAGCGAGAGGGUAUAUCGAUGAGGUACCCAUGCAAGCCUCUGAUGAUCGCCACGUUCAACCCGGAGGAGGCAGAGUUGCGGGACCAUCUCCUGGACCGCAUCGCUGUUGCUCUCAGCGUUGAUGCUGCGCCAUUGGACAUGGAUCAGCGCAUUGAAGCUGUGAACGGUGUGCUGGAGUGGGCUGACAUCGACGAGGCAGAUCUCCAAAGCAUUCUGGACGAGGAAGAUAACGUCAAGACUCGCAUCAUCUUCGCCAGGGAAGAGCUGAAGGUGCCUCUCCCCUAA